AUGUUGCUGUCGAAUAGAACUAGGAAUACCUAUAAGCUACAAAUCGAAGCUCGUGUCAUAGCUGAAAGAUUAACAAAAAUUGUUGACAGCAAGCUUGCUAUUGAAAAUUCAAAGAGCACAAAUACCGACUGCUUAGUCCCCAUAGGCUCGUCACACUUCGUCAAAGCAAGUAAGUCCGACUCCCUACGAAUGCUUGACAACUCCCGUCGGAGACUAGUGGAGAAGCUAGCUCGUCACCAGCAUUACGCGGAAUCGCAAGCAAACUCUAAUGUCCAUUCUGAUGCCGCUCAUCACGAUACCGAGGCACAUGCAGUUGAGAUCUUGGAGGAGCUUGAUGAUAAUGGUGACAUCGUACGUGCCACUUUGAAUGGCAAGAGCAUUGAAGAGCUCGAUAGUUCACGUCCUCCAAGUUCCAAUCCUCACUCUUUACGAGAUUCACAAACAAGCAGACAGACGACACCCAGAAGGAACGGAGGAAAAGAAUCAACCCAUAUUUUGGGCCAACUUGACUCUAGUCAUUCCAAUAUUAUAGAAUUUGAAGUGCUCGCGCAAGAACUAUCUGAUAACCAAGCCAAUGAUGGUAGUGCAGACGCUUCCGAAUACGACAAGUACAUUCGAAAUGGAGCUAAUGAUCUAGAAGAAGAGUCCAAUACCUCUGAAGACGAUGACAGUGAUGAUUCAUACGCGGACAACGUGCUCUUCGGGAAUGGAAUGUCACUAAUUCCAGCUCACGGCUCAAUCGAAGAAAGACUCAAGGAAGAGCUUCGAAAGCUUGGUCUGGCGAGUAAGACAAGCUCGCCAAAAUGUGAAAAAACAGUAAGGUUUGAUGAUACCCUCCAUAUCAAAACGAUAGACAAGGGCGUUGAUGAAAACCGCGGUAAGAUGCUGAGAUUCAGGAGGGAGAACCUGGGGCAUUCAAUUGAUGACGCUCACAAGUCCUCAUUUUCUGACAGUGUGGUGCAUGAAGAAAUAGUGGAAAGGCCAGUUAAGGGACCAAUUCUCAAAGAUCUGAUUGAUAUGAGCGAUAAUGCUUCGAAGCACGAGAACCAAUCACUCUUAGCGAACAAUACUGAAGAGGAGAUGUUAAAGCUUGUGCAAGGAUAUUACGAUGCUCUCUAUAACACAGAAGAGUGUCCCUCGGGUCCAAUAAUUGAUAACGUGACCGAUCUCUGUUCUCUUGAAAAGGGCAGCGAAGUAGAGGAAAAAAUGCUGGACUUCAACUCCGAGACGGAAAAUGUCGUUCGCAAGUCAGAUACCGCUCAUGGGUCGACGAAGGUGAUAGAAGAUAAGGUGAUCGAAAGACUGGAUUCCAUUUUGGGUAACCCAGGAAGCUUUUUUGCAUCGGAGAUUGAGAAUGACUACAUGUUGUUGAAAAAAAGGAUGGCGUUGAAGGAGCGAUCUACCGACGAGUCCGAAGUUUUGCGUAAACCGGAGGAAUGCAUUGAAUUGUUCAAACACGGCCAAUACUUGGGUUGGUCUGGUUUUACUGGAGUGGGUGCGCCAAAGGUGAUACCUGCGGCGUUAGUGGACCACGUCGAGAAGAAUAGUUUACAAGGAAAGCUUGCUUUCAAUCUUUUUGUUGGCGCGUCUGCUGGCCCUGAAGAGUCUAGAUGGGCAGAUAAUUCCAUGAUUUUACGCAGAUCCCCUCAUCAAGUAGGGAAACCAAUUGCAAAGGCGAUUAAUGAAGGAAGAACCAAGUUCUUUGAUAAGCACUUGUCGAUGUUUCCUCAAGAUUUAACUUACGGGUUCUAUACGAAGGAGAAAAGCAAUGAUCUCCUUGACUUCACUAUAAUUGAAGCAACUGCCGUCAAGGAGGAUGGCUCUAUUAUACCCGGUCCCGCGGUUGGUGCCUCCCCAGAGAUGUUGUCUGUGUCCGACAAGAUUAUAAUUGAAGUGAACACAAGAACUCCAUCUUUUGAGGGAAUUCAUGAUAUAGAUUUGCCAUUGAACCCACCCUUCAGGACACCGUACCCUCACGUUACCGCUGACUACAGAGUGGGUCGCACUUCUAUUCCAGUUGACCCCUCUAGGGUUGUUGCGAUUGUGGAGUCACAAGUGGUUUCCAACUCGCCUGAAAUCAUCAGGCGACUUGGAGUGAUUGCCAUGAAUACACCAGUGGAAGUGGAUAUGUAUGCUCACGCGAACUCUACAAAUGUGAUGGGAUCCAGAAUGCUCAACGGUCUCGGGGGUUCUGCCGACUUUUUGAGAAAUGCUAAACUCUCGAUCAUGCAUACCCCGUCCGCAAGACCGUCGAAGACAGAUUCUACCGGAGUCUCAUGCAUUGUUCCAUUCGCGACUCAUGUCGAUCAGACGGAGCAUGAUCUCGAUGUGAUUGUGACGGAACAAGGUCUAGCCGACCUUAGAGGUAUGUGCCCGAGAGAAAGGGCAGUGGAAAUUAUUGAAAAGUGCUCUCAUCCUGACUAUAAAGACCAGCUCAGAGACUAUUUCGAUAGGGCAUGUUUCUAUGCCGAGAAGGCCAAAUGUUUGCACGAGCCACAUAUCUUGCAAAAUGCUUUCAAAAUGCAUUUGAAUUUGCAAGCAAAUGGGGUAGAGAAAUCUGCAAGCUCAUCUGAUAUCAAGAAGGCCUAUUAUCAGCUUGUAAAGAAGUAUCAUCCCGAUGUGAACAAAGACAAAGAUUCAGAAAAGCGGUUUCACAAGAUCCAAGAGUCUUAUGAGCUCCUUAGCAAUAAAGAAAAGCGUUCACAAUAUGAUCAAUUUGGUGCUGCUGGCUUUGAUGCAAAUGGCAAUGCCAAUCCGUUCGGGAGCAAUCCUUUUGCAUCACAUUCGGGUAAUCCAUUUGGUGGUGGGCAAGGUAAUCCGUUUGGAGGAAUGGGUUUUGAUUUUGAAGACCUCUUCAAGCAAGCAUUUACAGGCAGUGGAAAUGCUCGAGGCUCCGGUGGUCAAAGCCCUUUUGUAACGAGGCAUGUUGGCGACAAUAUUGAAGUGCUUAAGUCAAUUUCGUUUCGAGAAUCUAUUUUCGGGACUAAGAUCAAUUUGAACUAUAAAGCAGUUGAUUCUUGUGUCAGCUGCUCCGGCUCAGGACUCAAAACGGGUAAGAAGAAAACGACUUGUACAAGCUGCCAUGGCACUGGCCAAACGACCCACAUUAUAGGCGGAUUCCAUAUGGCAUCUACAUGCUCAAAAUGUGCCGGCUCCGGGGUUGUGAUUAAUAAAGCAGAUGAAUGCUCGAGCUGCAAUGGCGCAGGCGUGAAAGAGGUUCCGAAGUCGAAACUGGUAGAUUUACCAUGUGGCAUAGCAGAUGGUUCUCGAUUACGGAUUCCAGGUGGCGGUGACGCCCCAUUCGCUUCCAAAGAUCCCUACAGCCAAAUCGUUCAUGGCGAUCUCAUUGUUCGCGUACACGUAAAGAGGGACCCCGUGUUCGCUAGAGAAAAUAACGACAUCACAAUAACGCGUGAAAUUCCAAUGACCACAGCUGCUUUGGGAGGAGAGAUCAUCGUACCCACAAUCGAUGGUCAAAAUGUAAAAUUAAAAGUCAGAUCAGGCGUGCAAUCAGGAAGAAAGCUCACCGUCCCACAAAAAGGUGUACCAAUCAACAGAAACAUGGAAAAUAGGGGAGAUAUGGUGAUUAAUCUCAAUGUCAAAACACCUGUACCGACAACACCAUUGCAAACAGCCUUGCUCGAAGCUUUGGCGGACUCUUUCGCAGAGAAGACCAAUGAGAGCGCGACGUCAGCAAAAUCUCAAGACCAAUCUAACUCCCGUGAGCUGAAAGAAUCUACAGACGGGUUAGCUCACACAUCCAAAUUGGAAAGCAUUAAGAAUAUCCUAGGGAAAUUCUUCAACUUUAAGGACGAGAAGCCUUAA